GACUACAGACAUCACGUGUUGUCAUGUCUGGAGGCGUGUCAUGGGAGGACAACUUCACCAGGUUGGAGAAAUGGACUCAGAUCUCAUGGACGUUGCUGCCCUGGGUCGACCUUUCACCCUAGGAAUGCUCUAUGAUGCUCGGAGAGAUGCACUGAUCCCAGGUUUGACGUUGUGGGAUGAUGCAACUCUACAAGAGAAGACAAAGGAAACCUCUCAGAACAGUAGUGAUUUUGAAAUUUCUACAUCUGACUCCAUUGAAUCCAAGUCCUCUCUGCUGGAUGUUGAUGCUUCUCUGAAGGCCAGUUUCCUGAGUGGACUGAUUGAAAUUGGAGGAUCUGCCAAGUAUCUUAAUGAUCAUAAGAAAUACAAGAAUCAGAGCAGAGUGACGGGUCAGUACAAAGCUACUACCAGCUUCAAACAGCUGUCAAUGGUUGACCUCCUAACCUUGGACCUCCACCAAACGGAAGUUAUUGAGAAGGGCUUGGCAACACAUGUAGUCACGGGCAUCCUUUAUGGGGCAAAUGCUUUCUUUGUGUUUGACAGUGAGAAGUUGGAAGCCAGCAGCGUUCAGGACAUCCAGGGCAGCAUGAAAGCUGUGAUAAAUUUGAUCCCCACAUUUAAUGUUGAGGCAGAAGCUGGCAUCAAGCUGUCUGAUGAAGAAAAAUCCCUGACUGAGAAAUGUUCCUGCAAAUUCAUUGGAGACUUCAUUCUUGACAGCAACCCUACAACAUAUAGAGAUGCAGUGAAGACCUUUGCAGACCUUCCAAAGCUACUGGGAGAAAAGGGAGAGAAGGCUGUUCCACUGAAGGUCUCGCUGAUGCCACUGAAGAAUUUGUAUCCCGAAGCUGCCGAGCUGACGUGUGGGAUCAGCGUUGGAAUAGUGAGGAAGAUACAGGAUGCUCAAGAAGGUUUAAGGGAAAUGCAAAUGAGAUGCAACGAUUCUCUGGAAGACACAGUGGUAGAGGAUUUUCCAAUGAUUCGAGAAGAGUUGAGCACUUUCCAAAAAUUGUGCAGUCACUAUGCAUCUCACCUCCAGCAGAACCUGGCAGAGAAACUUCCCUCCAUCCGUGAUGGUGAAGAAGAUGAGAGCUCACUGAGACAACUCUUUGAAGACCGAGACAAGACACCAUUCAGUCCUGAAAAACUGAGCAAGUGGCUGGAUCAGAAAGAGAGAGAAAUCAACGUCAUCAGAUCCUGUGUAGAUACCAUGGAGGGAACAAAUAUCGUCCUAAGUCAGUCCGAGCUGGACAGAGAGGUUCUUGCUCCAGGUGUAGAGCAUACUCUGUGCUUUGUUUUCACCUCCAUGGCAAGGGGUGAUACCUACCUUGAUGUGAUGGCCGAAUACUUGGAGUCACCUAAAUUACGAAGAACCAAUGAAGGCCAGUGGUACUUCUCACCUGAAGUUGUAACCAAAAUGAGAGAAAAAGCCAAAGCUUUCCAUGAGCUUGCCAAAGCACAGAAGAACAACAAGAGGUUGCGUUUCCUCAUAGCGGCCAUAACAAAUGAGAACUACAAAGGAGCAACCAUCUACCAUUACAAGGACGGCAAUCUGGUCAGUGAAGAUUUUUCAAAGCCUUUAAAGCCUGACGUCCCUCCUGAGCAGAUCACAGACAAAAGUGAUCUGAUCUGGUAUGCCUGUGAUCUCACCCUGGACCCCAACACUGCAAAUGGCUACCUCACUCUGUCUGAGGAAAACAAGAAGGCAACAGUUGGAGCAUGGCAGUAUUAUGAUGAUCACCCAGACAGGUUUGAUAAACAAACUCAGGUGUUGUGCAAAGAGGGCUUAUCUGGGCUCCAUUACUGGGAGGUAGAGUGGAAUGAUUCACUUCCCAAAUCUGUUUAUGCAGCUGUUGCAUACAACGGAAUUGAAAGAAAGGGAGAUCGUUGGCCGAGCGCUUUUGGAGAUAAUCCCAUAUCGUGGUCUGUUGGCCAGAAAGAAGAAUUGGUUAGGGUAUGGCAUAACGGUAAGGUAUCGGAAAAAUAUUUUCCAGGCUGCACAAGAGUUGGGGUGUAUCUGGACUGGCCUGCUGGCACUCUGUCCUACUACUCUGUCGUUUCUAACACACUGAAGCACCUCCACACCUUUCACACCAAAUUCACCCAGCCUGUUUACCCAGGCCUCUGGGCUUAUAAGACAGGCAACUAUGCGUACCUGCGUCCAGUUGAGUAAAAGCAAUGAUCAAGACUUGUUCGAUCCUGGUCUGUUCAUAGGGAUAUGGGUUUACAUUUAAAGUUCAAAGUACAACUUAAAACGUCCUUCACAAAUUAAAAAAAAUGCAUUCAAACCCAGAGGGACCAGGAAAAUAGAUGAUACGAUGAAGUGACUACAUAUGUACUUUUCUGUUAAUCAGUUCAUGUUGAUUUGAUGCACAGCCUUCUCCUCAAACUGGUUUGUGCUUCACAGCUUCACAAUCAGUUUAAGCUUUUAUUGCUCAGUACAUCACAUAUAUGUUUUUAAUCGUUUUAAUUCUGAUUCUAAUUCCUGAUACUUCAACUGAGCUUAUAUUGAUUAACAAUUACUAUGUCAACACUAUUAUGUUGAAAUGUGAUCUCAUAGCUCAUGUCAAAAAUUGCAAAACCUGUUUUGUUGAAUUUAUCAUGUUGAUUAUGUUCGGAUAUGAGGGAGCUAAAGUGCCUUUUGUUUAAUUUAGCAUACUUAAUUUAGUACUUUGGUAUAUGGAUAUAUUUUCUAAAAACAAGAGGAAAACUCUCUGGUCUGUGUUUUUCUGUUAAGGUCAAGGCUAAUCCUGUCCCUUAACCCUGACCUCAGGGUCAGUUCAUGACUUUACUGUUCUGAGGAGAUACUCCCUGUUAACACCAUUUUGUUAGAUGUUAAGCACUCUGCUGAUUUUUAUAGAGUCGAAGCAAUGUCUUUUUUGUUAAUCACAGCUUCACAAUCAGUUUAAACUUUCAUUGCUUGGUACAUCACAGAUAUGUUUUUAAUUAUAACUUUCUAUUCUAAUUCCUGAUACUUAUCAGUACAGAGCUUAUAUCAAUACACAAUUGCUAUGUCAACACUAGUAUGUUGAAAUAUAAAGUCAUAGCUCAUAAAAAAAUGCAUAACUUGUUUUUUCUUUAACAGAAAAUGUCAGUGUUAACAUCAUUUUUUUGCAAACAUUGCUGAUGUUUGUAGAUCUAAAGCAACACCUGUUGGAUAUGUUUACUCUCUUCUUGAGCAGAAUAUUCAAUAAAGUGCAGACCUGACUUCA